CUGUACGGAGCCACGCCUCUCUGCUGUGCAACGUCAGCAGCAGCAGCGCGCGCGAUUUGAUUCCCUCUCUGUGCCUGCUGUAGCGUGUGUGUAAGCGCCGGAUCCUCCGUCCCUCUGCCCGGGAGCACACAGAGCCUGCAUCGUAUUUAUAUCCCAGCGAUGGCGUCUGCUGACCUGAGACAGGAGCUGGACUGUUCCAUCUGCCUGAGCAUUUAUACGGAUCCUGUAACCCUGAGAUGUGGCCACAACUUCUGCCGGAUCUGUAUUGAGCGUGUGCUGGAUACACAGGAGGGGGCUGGAGCUUAUACCUGUCCGGAAUGCAGAGCAGUGUGUCAGGAGCGUCCUGUACUGCAGAGGAACAUAACGCUGUGCAACAUAGUGGAGAGUUUCCUGUCUACUCGGCCAGAUCAGGAGGAGACUGGGAUCUUCUGCACUUACUGUGUGGACUCUCCUGUACCUGCUGCUAAAUCCUGUCUGCUGUGUGAGGCUUCUCUGUGUGAUAAACACCUGACAGCACACAGCAAGUCAGCAGAACAUGUCUUAUGUGAUCCCACCACUGCCCUGGGGAACAGGAAAUGCUCCGUCCAUAAGAAGGUCCUGGAGUAUUACUGCACUGAGGAUGCUGCCUGUAUCUGUGUGUCCUGCUGUCUGAUCGGGGAGCACAGAGGACAUCAGAUGGAGUCGCUGGAUGAGGCCUCUGAAAAGAAGAAGGAAAAGCUGAUGAAUGUUCUGCAGAAACUGACCACAAAAAAAACAGAGGCUGAGAAAAUUCUGCAGAGUCUUCAGGAGCGCAGGAGAGAAUAUCGGGGUAGAGCAGCAAGUGUAACAGAGAGAGUCACUGCCCUGUUUAGAGACAUCAGGCAACAGCAGGAAGACCUGGAGAUAAGAGUCCUGAAUGAGAUAUCUAGACAGGAAGAGAGCGUUUCACUCUUUGUCACUGAUCAGAUCAGGCGUCUGGAAAAUAUGAAGGACGAGCUGUCCGGGAAGAUGCGUCACAUUGAGGAGCUGUGUAACAUGUCUGAUCCAGUGACUGUCUUGCAGGAACCAGACAUGGGGGACUUCUGUGAUAUUAAUAUUCGAAAGAGACCUUAUACACAGGUCCAUCGUGCAGGAGAUCUGGAUGUGGGUCUCAUCUCAGAAACAUUACACAUAUUAUCUGAUACAACAAAACGUAUAAAUACAAGUAUCUUUGUGCCGGAAGCUACAGACAUAGUACUGGAUGUAACCACAGCUAGUAAUAAUAUACAUAUAUUAGGUGACAGGAAAACUGCAUCCGUGUCACCAUACCAGAAUCGUCCAAUAACAGCAGAGAUAUUUCGGAGUUAUCCUCAGGUAAUAAGCACCAAGAGAUUCUCCUCUGGGCGACAUUACUGGGAGGUGGAUGUCAGUAAGUCAGUGUACUGGAGGGUGGGGAUGUGUUACCCCAGUAUAGACAGGACAGGAAAGCAGUCACUAAUUGGAGAUAAUAACAAGUCCUGGUGUUUGUGUAGAAGCAUGUAUAAUAAUCAGUACACAAUGAGACAUGACAGUACAGAGAUCUGGUUGCUCGACAAUAUCCCCUGUGACAGAGUGAGGGUAUUCCUGGAUUAUGAGGCAGGACAGAUGUCCUUUUAUGCUCUGUGUGACCGGCUCAUACACUUACACACCUACACUGCCGCCCUCACAGAGCCCCUCCAUGCUGCAUUGUGUGUUAGUGGAGGUAGUAUUACUAUAUCUGGGAGAAUCGGGAGCUGGGAGAACUUACCAUGAGGUAUCUGCUCAGAGAAUGAUUUAGUGGGUGGAACUACUGCUCAGCUCUUCCCCCAGCGUAACCAUGUGACCAGUGUGUCUGGAUUUGUUCACUUGUUGCUAUGUAAGAAACUCAUAAAUAUGUAAAUGUACAUCUCUGUGGGUUUUCCCCGCCUCUGGCUCAGUGAGAGCUGUGAUUGGCUGCAAUACCUGUCUGUCAGCCAGUGUGCACCCUAUUACUGUAGCCCAGUGGUUCUCAAUCUCUGUCCUCAGGACGUCAAACAAGUCGCAUUCUCCAGGUCACCUGGCAGGUGCACAGGUGUGAUCAUUACUCACUGACACAUUUCAAAAGAUCUAAAGGUGGAGUUAAUUUUUCUCUAACAUCCAUAAGGGAUACUGGGGUUCACUCAGUACAAUGGGGUCCAAAGGAGCCGGUGCACUUUAAAUUCUUCAACUGGGUGUGAUGGCUCUUCCCCUCUAUGCCCCCUCCUACAGCCAGUUUAGAAAAAUGUGCCCUCAGGAGAGGACACACACUCUGGGAGCUCCAGAGGAAUUUUUCUUCAGUUUAUUUUUAACUUUGUUAUUUUCGGUAUACUGUUUGGGCAACCUGCACCGUGGAAGUUAGGAAGGGGGGUGGUUACCGGCCUCUGUAAGGCGUCAGAGCCACUUCCCCUCUGCAGGACCACCAUCCUGAGAGGUUGUUGGUACCGCGGGGCACUGCACCUAGGCGGUCGCAAUCGCAGCAUGCCGCACACCCCUAACGUAGCCUGAAGGUGAGAAGUGGUGAGUACAAACCAGAGGCCCCGCUAGGGGGGUCCCCCGGUUCUUUGUGCGGCACUACGGUGUGGGCGGCAUAUGGGACCCUCCCUGGAGGGACCUGCAAUAGCCCCCCUGUCUACACUGGCAGCGGUAGUGAAAACUAGCAGUCAUUGUGAUGUUUUUCACUGUUUAAGGAGACUUUGCCAGUAUUAAAAAAAAGACAUAGCUCCGGCGCCAUUACAGGGGGCGGAGCUUCCUCAGAGCGGGACCAGCGGCAUUUUGGCGCCUUCCUCUGCUUGCAGCAGCAAGGACACACAGCUCCUCCAGGCACUCCGGGAUACACGGGAAACUGGUACAGGGGUGUAUGACUUGGAGAGCCGCUAUUGUACACAAACUAGUGUCCUGAAACAGACAAGAAAUCUGGUUUCUACUGUGAGAUAUAUAUAUAUAUAUAUAUAAUAAAAUGUUCAGCCUGCAGAUUUACUGAGUCUGACAGGCUGGGGUGUGCUGUCCUCUCACUCUAGGUCUCCUUAUCAUAUACAGUAAGGCAGGCUUGCUAUUGUACCGUGUGUGUGAUUGUUGUUUACUGUAAACAUGGUCAAACACCAAUUAUGCAGUGUUUGUCACACCAGAUUCUUCCCUUCUACAACUGGUUCCUUAAUCUGUGAACAAUGCAGUCAGUCUUCCUAAGUUAGUGAGACGGGGGGAGGUGGUGUCAGGAGCCAUUAAAACUAUGGUGGCAGACAUGUCAUCUCUGCUCAAUGCCAAUAAACAGAUGACACAACUGCAACAGGCUGUUGUAGACCUGGCUGCUAAGGCAGAUGACAGAUAGCCCCCUCUCCCUAGUUCGAGGCCACUUAAAUAGAGGAUUCCACUUCUGCCCAGGGUAUUGAGCCCCCUCUUUCUUGCUAUCGGGGAUGUACUAAAAAAAAAAUCCCUUUGGAAGACGCUGCUGCAUCGCAGUCGUUUUUUCUAGCACAGAAAAAGCUCAGUGUCUCCUUCCCUGAUUCUCCGGAACUAGAUGAGGUAUUUAAGCAAGCCUGGAAAACUCCUGAUAAAACAUAUCAGGUUACAGGGCGUUUUUUUGCACACUUUCCCAUUUACACCUGAAUGUAGGAUAAAUUGGGAAGAACCCCCAGCCGUAGACGUAUCGCCUCUCAAAAAAGAUGGUAUUACCUGCUCCUGGCUCCUUUUAACUAAAGGACCCUGGAGAUAGGAAAAUAUAAACUACGCUAAAGUCUAUUUACACAGCGGCUGGCGUAUCACAAAGACCUGUGAUAGCGGGUUGCUGGAUGUCUCAUGCCAUCCAUACCUGGGCGACACAAAUUCAGGAGGGCCUUGUGGGGAAUAUGCCCCUGGUCACUACGGUGACCCUCAUAAGACACAUUCAAGACACUGCACGCGUCCUGUGUGACUCUCAAGGAGGUAGGCACUAUUAAUGCUAGAACUACUGUCAUGGCAGUGUCGGCGAGCAGAGCUUUGUGGCUGCCUCAGUGUAUUGCGGAUUCCAAGUGCAGUGUGGAGUCUCCCUUUCUCAGGGGAGUGGCUAUUCGGGGGCAAGUUAGAUACAUGGAUUUACCUGCAGUAACCUUAGAAAUGCAUGUAUCUCCACGCUGGGGCCCCGCCGGCUAGGCGUUCCUACCCGGGGCCAUCUACCCAGUCCUUUCGAUCCACCAGAUUCCGAUCAAGAGCCAGAGGUGCCUCCAGUGCGGCACGAAGCACCAGAGGUGAGACCAGAAAACCAGCUACUGCUGGUUCUCAGGAAUCAAGCACCAGUUCUUCUUCCACAAAAGCCUGAGCAUGACAGUGCCCCCCCACCCCGAGGGGAUCUUGAGGUGGGAGCUCGUCUCACUUCAGCCGCAUCUGGGAAGGCUCCUGCCAGGAUACCUGGGUAAAGGACCUCAUUUCCCAGGUCUACAAGCUGGAGUUCGACAGCUCUCCUCCCCAAUGAUUUUUCAAAUGAAGCUUACCAGUUUUGGAGGAUACAUGAGUUACGCUACAACAGGCCAACCUAAAGUUGGUCCAGUCCCAGGUCAUUGUUGCAGUGCCACUACAACAACAAGGAAAGGGUUAUUACUUCAACCUAUUUGUAGUACCGAAACCGGACGGUUUGGUAAGGCCCAUUCUGAAUCUGAAGUCCUUGAAGCCUUACCUAAAAGUCGGGAUGGAAUCCUUGCGAGCAGUGAUUGCGGGCCUGGAAGAACGGGAGUUCAUUGUUUCUCUGGAUAAAAAAGACGCUUAUCUCCAUAUCCCAAUUUGGCCGGCUUACCUGUGGUUUGCCCUGCUGAACAAUCACUACCAGUUCCAGACGCUACCCUUCGGCCUGUCCACAGCACCGAGGGUGUUCACGAAGGUAAUGGCGGAGAUGAUGUUCCAGCUCAGAGUCCAGGGGGUCAAUAUUGUCCCUUACCUGGACAAUCGCUUGAUAAAAGCGAGAUCCAGGGAGCUUCUACUGCUCUAUAUAGACCUCACUAUUCAGCUGCUGUCACAGAAUUACAGAAGUCCUACCUGGAGCCUACUCAGCGGCUCCUGUUCCUGGGAAUGUUUCUGGAUACUGUGGCUCAGAAAGUGUUCCUCCGGGAGGACAAAGGACACUCCAGGAGAUGGUCCUACGGCCUACUAGGAUAUCCAUCUAUCUUUGCAUAAAAUAGUUGGGUAAGAUGGUAGCAUCGUACAAGGCUAUCCAAUACGGAAGGUUCCAUGCCAGAACAUUUCAAUUGUAUCUUCUGAGCAAGUGGUCUGAAUCACAUCUUCAGAUUCACUGGAUAAUAUGUCUGUCCCCUCAGGCCAGAAUAUCCCUCCUGUGGUGGCUACAGUCCUCAAACCUGCUGGAAGGCCGCAGUUUCGGGAUUCAGGAUUGGAUCCUUCUCACGACAGAUGUGAGUCUGAGAGGAUGAGGAGCGGGGUCACCCAAGGGGCUCAGUUCCAGGGCAGAUGGUCAUCACACGAAGCCCUUCUUCCGAUCAACAUUCUAGAACUUCGGGUGAUCUACAAUGCUGUGCUUCAGGCCUCUCCUCUGCUCAGGGACUGGGCGAUCUAAGUUCAGUCGAACAACGCCACGGCGGUGGCUUACAUAAAUCGUCAAGGAGGGACAAAAAGUAGAGGCUGCAUGCGAGAGGUAUCAAAAAUACUCCUCUGGGCAGAAAACCGCAAAAGCGAUGUCCGCCGUCUUCAUUCCGCGUGUGGACAACUGGGAAGCGGACUUCCUGAGUCGUUACAAUCUCCACACGGGAGAGUGGGGUUUCCACCAACAGGUGUUUCAACAGACCAUCGAUCUGUGGGGGUGCCCACCAACAGGUGUUUCAACAGACCAUCGAUCUGUGGGGGGUGCCCACAGAUAGACAUGAUGGCUUCUCGGCUCAUAAGACGAUUUGCUCGAGAACCAGGGAUCCUCAGGCGAGGGCAAUAGAUGCGCUGACGUGCCCUUGGCCUUACGGGCUGGUCUACCUGUUUCCUCCGAUUCCAUUGCUCCCGAGGGUGCUCAAGCGAAUCGGGAAUCAAGGAGUCCACGCAAUUCUGAUUGCCCCAGAUUGGUCUAGGAGGGCGUGGUACGUGGAUCUUCUGGACAUGUCCGUCGCAGACCCUUGGCAUCUGCCAAUGAGAAAGAUCUUCUGCAACAAGGACCAUUCAUCUACCCGUACUUACGGCUUGGAGGUUGAGCGGUACAUCCUAGCUUACAAGGGCCUUUCCAGAAAGAUUAUUACAACCAUGGUUCAGGCCAGAAAACCUGUGACCUCAAAACACUAUCAUAAUAUCUGGAGAAGAUAUGUCUCUUGGUGCGAGGAACGCACAUUUCCGCCUGCAGAAUUCCACUUGGGACGUUUCUUACGUUUCCUGCAGGCUGGUGUGGAUAAAGGCUUACGUCUGGGAUCCAUUAACGUCCAGAUUUCAGCUCUCCAUUUUCUUUCAGAAAAAGUUGACAGUCUUGCCAGAGGUUCAGACCUUCUUGCAAGGGGUACUUCACAUCCAACCUCCGUUUGUGCCGCCCACAGCACCUUGGGAUUUGAAUGUGGUGUUGGAAUCUCUACAGUCCUCCUGGAUUGAACCUCUGAUGACGGUAGAAGGUACUGCACGUGGAAAACAGUGAUGUUACUAGCCCUGGCUUCUGCUAGACGUGUCUCAGAAUUGGGGGCUUUAUCAUGUAAAAGUCCAUACUUGGUCUUUUACGAAGACAGAGCUGAGCUCUGCUGAAGUUUGUCUCUGCAAUCCACUUGAAUCAACCUAUUGUAGUCCCGUCAAGUUCUGGCACUUCUGCUCCUCUGGAGUCAUUGGAUGCUGUGCGAGCCUUGAAGAUUUAUGUCAAAAGGACGGCUCGGAUAAGAAAGAUUGAUUCCUUGUUUGUGCUGUAUGAUGCGCAGAAAAAGGGUUGCCCUGCUUCUAAACAGUCCAUUGCUCGUUGGCUUAAGUUGGCUAUACAACAGGCCUAUGUGUCGGCAGCCUUACCUGUUCCACAGUCUCUGAAGGCCCACUCUAAAAGAUCAGUGGGGUCUUCCUGGGCGGAUGCCCGUGGAGUCUCGGCCUUGCAGCUAUGCUGAGCUGCUACCUGGUCGGGCAACAACACCUUCGUGAAGUUCUAAAAGUUUAAUACCCUGUCCAAAGAGGAUACCCAGUUUGGGCAGGCGGUGCUGCAGACGUCUCCGCACUUUCCCACCCGUUUUGGAAGCUUUGGGACGUCCCCAUUGUACUAAGUGAACCCCAGUAUCCCUUAUGGAUGUUAGAGAAAAUAGGAUUGUAAUACCUACCAGUAAAUCCUUUUCUCGUAGUCCAUAAGGGAUACUGGGCGCCUGCCUCAGUGAGUUGACUUUCCUGCAGGUUUUCUUUUACUAAAGUUACCUGUUCAGCUGUUGCUGUUUUGUUACCAGACGUUGCUGGUCUUUUUUUGUUAUUGGUGUGCUGGUGUAUGAAUCUCACCACUCGUUAUGUGCCUUCUCUCAAGUAUGUCCAUUCUCCUUCGGGCACUGUUUUACCUAUAACUGCCUGUGGGAGGGGGCAUAGAGGGGAGGAGCCAGCACACCCAGUUGAAGAAAUUUAAAGUGCACCGGCUCCUUUGGACCCCAUCUAUACCCCAUCGUACUAAGUGAACCCCAAUGUCCCUUAUGGACUACGAGAAAAGGAUUUACCGGUAGGUAUUAAAAUCCUAUUCACUUGUGAUUCUGUGAGGAGACCUGUAAAAUAUGAACUGUUAGGGAUCCUGAUGUAUGCAGGGGGUGAAGAGAAUGUUGUGUAGGAUUUAUGUUGCAAUACCAUGUAUCUGAAAUACUCCCAGCAUUUCUCUUUGUAUAAUUGUAAUUACUUGAUAUUUGUCACUAUCGAACACCAUUGGAGGUGUGGCUAUUAAAUAACGAGGCUGUACUUAUAAAUAAUAAACCAUAGAAAAAUGUUUGACUUGACCAGCAAACACUCCCUGUGUUCAGAAUGAUAGCAGAAAUGUAACUUAGGCAAGUUUUGCAUUAAGAUCUUAACACAACAAAAGUUUGUGCUAAGAUGGUUCCUAGGCCUCUCACUGCUGAGCUGGAAAAAAGAUCAGAAUCACAUUUGUACAGCCAAUUCAAUCGGAUUCACGUUUUUUUCGAUAAUUAUUACCUGUGAUGACACAUGGAACUUCCAGUACGAUCCGGAGACAAAAACGCCAGUCCAGGCACUGGAAACGCCAUAAUCACCAAGAAUGAGGCAACGUCAAAGCAAAUCCAUGUUAAUUAUUUUCUUUGAUUUCAGGGGUGUUAUUUUGGCAGACUGAGCACCAGAAGGCGUAACAGUGAAUUAAUAUUAGACAGUUAAAAAAUUAUUAAGCCCUGUGCUCCAAAAUGUGAUGCUGCUAACCCAAUUCAGUAGUACACCUCUCACUUAUAAAAGUAGACAACGGCCCUCAUUUCGAGUUGCUCGCUAACUACUUUUAGCAGCCGUGCAAACGCAUAGUCGCCGCCCACGAGGGAGUGUAUUUUCGCUUUGCAAGUGUGCGAACGGCUUUGCAGCGGAGCUCUGUAAAAAACAGUUUGUGCAGUUUGAGUAGGUCUGGACUUACUCAGGCCUUGCGAUCACCAGUCUUUUUGGUUCCGGAAUUGACGUCAGACACCCGCCCUGCAAACGCCUGCAUUUUUCCAAACACUCCCAGAAAAAGGUCAGUUGACACCCACAAAAGCCUUCUUCCUGUCAAUUUCCUUGCGAUCGCCUGUGCGAAUAGAUUCCUUGUUAAAUCCAGCAGCAUCGCUCAGCAACAAACCUCUUUGUACCCGUACGACGCGCUUGCGCAUUGCGGUGCAUGCGCAGUUUUGCCGUUUUUCUUUUACCUGAUCGCUGCACAGUGAAAAUAGUCAGCGAGCGAUCAACUCGGAAUGACCCCCAAUAUAUCAUGGAAUAAAGAAGUAACCAGCGCUCCACAUCUGUAAUUAAAUAAUGUGAAUCAGAUGGCUCACCGGAGAAUCCCUGUGUGAUAUUUUCUCUGUUCGCCCUGUGGUUUAAAACUGAAGCCUGUCCGUUACAUUUUACUUCUCACCCGCAUGCACAUAACGGUUUCUUUAUAAUGCCCAGCAAUCGGAUGGCAAAAUAAAUGAUUGGUGAUAUACACCUACAUUUAAAAUUCUGCCUCGAGUGCCAGUAAAGGUUUCUUUCACAGCAUCCCAUGUCUCAAUAGCAUUGUAAUUAAUGCAUCUCAGUGGCCAAUAAAUUCACGGCUUUGACCAAUGAAAAACAAGAAUGCAGCGGUGUGUGGAUGCAGAAGGAGAACAUAGAAGGGGAAUGGAGUUAAUAUAAUUAAACAAAUUAUAGCAUCAGUCUCGUUAUUUAAUAGCCACACCUCGUAAUUAUUUUCUCGAUUUAUAAAAGUUUGUUUUUAAUGUUCCCUUUUGUAACAAAUGGCAAGAUAAAUGGGUUCAAACAAGUAAUAAUGAUCUAUUAUAUGACUUGGGAAACUGACAUUUUAUCAACAGAGGUUCUCCUGUAUUUGUAGGGGAUCAGUAUUGAAUCCCGCCGGUCGGAAUCCCGCCGGUCGAAAUACCGACGCCGGAAUCCCGACAGGGGUGGCGAGCGGAACGCAGCCCCUUGCGGGCUCGCUCGCCACGCUGCAGGCACGGUGCCUCGCUACGCUCGGCACACUAUUAUAUUCUCCCUCUAUGGGUGUCGUGGACACCCACGGAGGGAGAAUAUGUCGGGAUUGCGGCGGUCGGGAUUCCGGCGUCGGUAUUUCGACCGCCGGGAUUCCGGCCGGCGGCAUCUUGACCGCAUCCCAUUUGUAGGGUACCUGGGAGUUGAAAUCUUAUGUAGUCUCCCAUUUUCCUCCCAUUACAGGAGCUUAAUUGCAGCCGCUUCCUGGCGUAUUUAAGCCCCACCGAUCCAAUGUAUGUUUUGGUUUAAAUAAACGCCUAUGUUGCAAAUUUUAGUACAACAGCUCCUGAGUCAGGUCAUGUGAUGUGGUUUUGGCACAGACUGAUCAGUGAUUGGUCCAUGCACUAAGGAAUCUGUACAGUAUGUUAUGUCUAUGCUGUAACCUUAAAUUCCAACUUUAUGAUGUACAGGACAAAUAAACAGGAUAAGAUCAA